UAAUAAAAGUUGUUGUCUUUCUGUGAUCAUGAUCUAUCACAGCACAGCAAUGAUGAAGCUGGUAAUGAGCAUUGUGGUGUUGUUGUCUGUUGGAGCCGCACAGGAUUUAAUGUCACCAACAUUUGACAUCAUUAGUGAACUCCAGAAGAUUAAGACCAUGGAGGAAAAGUUAAAUGCUCUUUAUGAUGAAGUAAAGGAACUAAGGAGCAAGAAUGAUGCCUUCCUGAGUGCCCUGAAGAGUUCAGUGUCAGAUCUCACUUCAUUUGUCGCAUCUCUUACCUCUAAACAACAGACCUGUGACGUCCCUGUAACCUGUAAAUCUGGCUGGAUAUCAUACAAAAGCAGCUGUUUAUUGUUCUCUAGUAAUGCACUCAACUGGACUGAGGCACGAGAUUACUGCAAAGCACAGGGCGCGUUACUCCUCAAAAUACAAGACGACGACAGGGAGUGGGCAUUCUUGAACCAUCAUACCAUACCCACAUCCUACUGGGUCGGUCUAACGGAUCAGACCACAGGCCAGUGGAGAUGGGUGGAUGACACUCCUUACACCAUGAACAAAGAACGAUGGAAUCCUGGUCAGCCAGAUGACUGGAAACAACACGGUCUGGGAGAGGAAGGAGAGGACUGUGCGGCGAUUACACAUACUGGGAAACUAAAUGACGGCCACUGCUCCACCAAACAGGGAUUCAUUUGCAGAGUACAAUUCUGAAACAGCUGAAAUAGCUGUGGUGUCGUGCCAGCUAAAUGACAAAUGAAAAGGAUCCAGGCACUAAUGUGAAAACAUUUAACACUAUAUAUAACACUGAUUUGUAGGGGUGUGACGAGAUCUCGCGAGAUUGUGACAAGAUUUCUUGUCGAGGUGAAAAGCUGUCUCUCGAUAUUGCCUUGACGGAGUGUAAAAUUAGGAUAGAAUAUGCCACCGCUAUGUUUACAUUACGCCUCCACUGUCGUUUUGCUUUUUAUAGAAAUAAAAACCAUUUAAUUUAGUUGGAUAACGGUCGCUUCAAUCCCAUCCAUCUCAUCCGACUGAUUCCUGCUGCAGAGUCAUCUGUAGUGCAGCGGGAAUCAAAGUUCACUGAUCAUGUGAUGAGAGUAAGUGAUGAGAUGACUGACAAGACCAUGGCAGAGGAUUCAUUGCGCACCAGAGCCAUAGCAUCUGACAUAUGCCUUAUCUUGUAGAAUGUGCACUCAGCACCAUUGCCCCCUAUUUAGCAUGUUGAAAAGCGAAAGUAAAACGCGAAUGCACAUUCAAACACGAUUUCAAUAUCAUGCAUUUUGAAAGCGGCUCCCUGAUGCAUGAAAACAUCUCUCAAUAUGAAAGCUAUCUUAGGCUGGCCUGUGUAGCUGUAACCAUCUCUCAGCUCUGUAUCAUGCUUGAAGAAAAAUUUGGUCUCUAGUUGCACUUUGAAUAUUGAGAGAGUACUUUGAUUAUGGUUGUACUCAUUGUUUGCGCUUAAUGAUGUUUCGGGAGGAGCGCAUUCAAAUAAUCUACCCAAUAAGAGGAGGCCUGUAAAUACUUAGCCGACUGUUCUGCAUCCUUCCACCACCCCGUCUCUUCACACUCGCCUGGUUACUAUCCUAACCAAAGAUACACGGGUUUGGGUGACAUUUUGAAGUGAAAUGACAUUCAUUACAAGGUGAUUAGUUAAAACAUUUCAGACGCAGCUACAUUUUUCUAGUCAUGUAUUUCAUCAUUGAGGAUUUCUAAAAAAUCUCAACUCUUUCUCAUGAACUAAAUCUCGUGUCUCUUCUCAUGAGCUAACUCUCUCAUCACACCUCUACUGAUUUGACAAUAGUUUAAUUUCUUAUGCUUCCAUUUUACUUCAAAAUGUUUCUGCUGUUUCUUCAUAAUUUACCUUUAUUAAGCAAUAAAUGGCUGACCAUUAAUAAUAAAA